UAGUAAUACAUCAUCGAUUUGGGAUAUUCAAAAGAUAAUACAUACUUAAGAGUGUGCUUUAUAUGUGAUGUUGUGACCUUACAUAAGUUAUAAAAAGUUUUUUCGAGAGAAAAGAAUGUAUAUUUAACAUGUCACGUCAAAGCUCAUAUUUACUAUAUUCUGAUUUGGUGGCAAUGAAUAAAAUAACCAAAAAAUCCAUUUUUUUCAUUUCUUUCAAUUAUAUACUAUAUAGUGUAAUAGCUUUCUUCUAGCCAAUACUAUCUAUUAUGAAAAGAAGUGGAAAACAGUCUGAUAAUGGUCGUGGAAUCAAUACUGAAGAAACCGAACAAGAAGUUACUGAAGAUAAUUCAGAUGAAGAUUUCCAACCGAUUAUGUAUAGAAAAAGAACUAAAAACACGCCGUAUAGUUCUGAAAAUAAAAAGGCUAAACUAAAUAAUGUGGUCCAUACCUCUUCUAAUACAAGUGCUACUGCUAGCUCAAGCUCCAUAAUAAUCAACCUCAGCUCUUCAGCAGUCAAACCAAGCUCUUCAGCAGUCAAACCAAGUUCUUCAGUAGUUGAAUCAAGCUCUUUAGUUGCUGAAUCAAGCUCCUCCAAUUCAAAUGUUGCCAAUUCAAGCUCCCCAGUUUCUGAACAAAUUAAACAAGUGAUCACAAUCAAAACGACUAUUCAAAAUAUUUGGAAUCAGGAUCAUGUACGACCUUUAUACGAUUUAGUCGACAAUGUCAAUAUACUAGUUUUACAUACUUAUAGUUUCUCAAAAUACAUAUUUUUGGAGGAGCUAAAGAAUAGCAUUGACUUCAGCUUGGCAGAUUUUGUAACAAAGGAGUUUUUCGUAGAGGUGUUUCUGGCUCUGAUCAUUCGUCGUAAUGUUCCUGGAAAGGUAAAAGAUAGAACCGCUAUCUAUCGUGAAUUGAUAUCUCGUCACAAAUCAUCGUAUUUUGAAGAUGCUCAAUAUACUCCGUUUGAGAUAAACAAGGCACAUUUUGGUAACAGAUUGCGUAUGUUAUUGAACAUGCUUUCUAAAAAAGAAGAAAAGUUACUCAGUCUCGAUCAUCGUAUGAAAGCUGUAAAUGCUAUAAAAGAAGCUCGCCGAAAAGAAGUAUUUGAACUCCUUAACAAAAUGAAAUUCGCUGUAUCAAAAAAAGAAAUUCCUUCUUCGGACGUCCUGGAUGAAAAAGCAUUAUCAUCUAAUUCUAUCUAUUAUGAUGUUAAAGCUCACCCAGAAAAGCAUUUCAAUGCUUUCUACAAGAUUGCUAAACUUCUGGAAACUGAAGCAGCUAAAACAUUUAAUUGUUUUCCAAUCAAAACAUCGUUUAUACCAUCCUACAUUACUCUGGAUUCCAAAAUAGUUCAUCAUCACAUACUGAAGCAGAAAACUUCCUUCAAGGCGGAACAAAAGUUUGAGAUUUGGAGCAACGUCGUUAAUUUAAACAAGAAAUCAUUCAAACCUCAAGGACUUAAUAAAUCUCUACGAUUUCAGGGUACCAUUGAAACUGAUGGUAUUUGUGCUUCGGUGUUAAAACAGAAUAUCACCACGGGUAAAAAGCAGCCAAGAAUGAAUAAUAAGAAGACAGAUACUAUCGACGAGGAGUAUGUCGAAAAUAUACUACCUGCUACACUGAAGGAAAACCAAGGCAAAUACGUUUUAAUUGACCCUGGAAGACGAGACCUUAUGUUUUGCAUGCAAGAGUCAAGUACGAAGGAGAAGCCCCAAAUUCUAAAAUAUACAAAAAUCACUAGAAAUAAGCUGACUAGACAUAACAAAAUAUUAAGCAAACAAAAUACGCCAGAGUCAGUAAAAAUCGCCCAACUCAUUUUGUCUAAAACCGUAUCUUCUUCAGUAGACAUUACAAAAUUUAGGGAUUACAUCAAAACCAGAGCCUCUGUCACACAUGUAUUAACGAGAUAUUAUGCAAAUGAAACAAUGACGAUCAAUGAAUCAUAUUUCCCUGGAUCUGUCACGGAAUUCUCAAUACGACGAGGAUGUUUAUACUAUGGAGAUUUGUUUGUUAUAAAUUUUCGAGGAUAUUAUCCGCAACCGAAAGACACUACUAGCACCACUGCUGAUUUGAAUUUGUAUGCGACUUAUUUGGAAAUCAUGUUAAAACAAAAGCACAUCGCACAGCGUCUGACUGCAACAACAAAAAACUCACUAAAUGCACUGAUUAGUAACAUGUCCUUAAGUAAUGAAGAUAAUGGGUUAAAACACAAAGCAAGCACACAAUUAGAAAAGUUGCGACUGUUACCUUUCAGAAAGAUAAAAUUCAACAGCAAGCUCUAUUACGAUCAAAAUGAUGCCAAUUUGGUUCAACGGCUAAAGCUAAAGUUUGGGAAAAACUCGAUUUUAGUGAUAGGUAAUUGGUCUGCUCCGAAUACGAAAUUCCAGGAGCCCACAAGAAGUAAAGGCCUAAUCAAAAUGUUGAAGAAGGCAGGAUUUACUGUUCUUUUAAUCGACGAGUUUAAAACGUCCUCAUAUUGCCCUACUUGCGAAAGCGAACUGGAGACAUUCAAGACUGUUGUCAACCCUCGCCCAUACAAAAGAGCCGAUGCACCAACUGUUGAAUGUCACGGUUUAUUAAGGUAG